AUGGGUCACGGCACAGAAUACCGGGGAGGGGCGUUCCUGGGAUACAGGUCGCUCCACUACCUCAGGGUCUUAAAGUCGGGAGUUCGAGCGAGAGCUCCACACACACCGGCCUCCAAGCUGUCUCUGCGUCUUCUCCCUGCCAUCGUCGUGGACAACGACGAGGACGAUGAUGGAAACUUCACCAACUGGAUGAGCAGCUACUGGGGACACGGAGGCAGAGACGAUCGCACCAAGGAGCGCAAGAGGAGCUUCCAGAGGUCCAGACCCUCCACGUACGACCGGCGAGCUUCACUGCCCUGCACGUCCCAGCUGGAGGCCAUGCGUCUAAAACAUCUUAUGACUCCACCUGACCUGAAGAGCCAUGAGGAGGUGAGAGAGGUCCGGUCCCACCCUCGCGCUCGUCGCGUCUCCUCAGACGAAUACAGAGGAAAUAAAGCUGCAGUGGCAGAGAGUCACAUCAGCACCGUCCCCGAGCUGACCGAGUCCUUCAGGAGGAUGCUGCGCUCCCGUAAACACAGAGUCCCGUCACUGAAUGAUUUGGGUAACGUGUGUCUGAUCUGCCGUGAAGAAAUGUGCGUGAGAGCUGGAGAAACACGAAGAGAAGACCAAGAGCUUCACUGCUCCCAUCAUAAAGAGGUGAGGAGGCUGGAUCAGGGGGCGCGUCCACGAAGCCGGAGUUCUGCUGCUGUAUGUGAAAACAGGAAGGAAGUAGCUGUCUGCAGCGAACAGGAGGACUACCAACUGCCCUGCCAACAUCGGCGUCUACGCAGACAACGCUGAUCCACACCCAGCAACACAAUGCAACAACAUUACUGAAGUAUUAUAACGUAUUUCAAGUCAAAAGUCCUCCUUCAAUCCUUAUUUCAGUGAGGCUUCCUGGUCUGGUUUCCUUGUUUCCUUCCUCGGUUAGUCACCCCUGUUCCUUGGUGUUGCACAGGUGUGAUUAAUUUCUUCAGGGAUCAUUUAGAUGUAGAAUCACAGCUACAUUAAUUCAAGAGGAAAAAAGUCAGCAUUUUCUAUUCCAGUUUUGUGCAUAAAGAUGAAUGCUUGUGUUUAACAGCAGUGGUUUUAGUCAUGAUUGAAAGAUACAUUGAAUUGUGAUUUGAACAAAAUAUUGCAUGAAAAUUGACCCAAAUGUCAAAACAAAUGUAAAAAAUGUUGGUAAGCAGUCAGUGUCGGUGAAGCUUCUCAGUCACCCAGGUGAGAUUAUCUGGGAGUCGAGUCAUGUCAAGUGGACUUCUUUUUCCUUGUCAGGGAGAUACGUUUCACUACUCAUCCCAAGUAGCUUCUUAGAUCUAAGGUAAGUUGGAAAGUUCCUCAUAUUAGAGACCUCCAGGGUCAAAGGAUCCUCCCCUGUGUGAAAAGGCUCAUUACAUGAACAAUGAACAAGGUGAGGGUGGUUAGAGAGUAGGGGGCGGGAGCUGUUAGGAAGAACCGGCAAUAGAGAGAGAGAGAGAGAGAGAGAUUAGGGAGAGUCGUUAAGGUGUAACGACAAGAGACAAUUAGGGAAGUCCUGUAGAUGUGGCUUUCCUGGUAUAUGCGUGAAGACGUCUUGAUCUUCCCGGGGAUGGAUGAAAGGGCAGCAUGAAAAAUAGGAGACAGCGUGUGUCUGAGACAACCACCUCUGUUUAGAGAAGGAGUUUUCACUUUUACCCCUAUCUCGAACCAUCUAUCCUCUCUGUCCAAAACCUGUUCAUACUCGUCCUCAAGAGUGUGUCCUUUGUCCUUCAGGUGAAGAUACAUUGCUGGCUGAUUCAGGCCCUGGAGGACAAAGGACAGUGGGCUUUCACAGAAGCCACAUGAUGAUAUUUAUUUAAGUUUUUUCUUUCUUUUUUUUUAAUACCUAUUCUAAUUUCCUCCUCAGUAUGUAAUCCAGUCCUCCUCUUCUCUUACUCUUUUUAAAGAUGAUCAAUAACCCUGCUGCAUUUUUACACUAUUUUACUAAAAUUGAAAUUUGUUUCCUUUUUUUACACAACUACACCAUCUAUCACUUAUUCUACAUAAUUAUGUGUUAUUUGUAAAUAUUCAUUGUAUUUCACAUGUACUGUUGGUGAUGACUUGGUAUUUUGCAGCCGUAUAUUUAUUUAAACCCAUUUUUAA